UUUUAUUUUGAAGGGUUAUAUCCGGAAGUUGGUUGCUUUGCCCUCCUGUUUGAUCCGUUACCGUUGGCCUCGUCGGUGCCAGUCAGGUCUGUAACGCCCGUUCAAGUGACACCUGCCAUAACGAACAACAGUGAAAACGACGAUGUGUGCUGUGUUGAACCGGCGGUAAGGAUGUCUCCUGCGGGCAUCCGGGCACCUCGUUAACGUUCAUCUUUGUGCAGUGAAAUGGUUAUGUCGGCUCCCUCAGAGAAAGUGCCUGUUUCAGGCUGAGUUUUCGUCAUGACCUGGUAAGAGGAAACAGUUUGUGGGUGAAAUUAAAAACAUGACGUCAUUGAAUCGUUACCGGUAUGUUGACACGAGACAGCCAAGCAGCUAGCAGGAGUAGUAAGGUAAUGCUAACUGUUAAAAGUAGGCUAAUGUUAGCUGAUGUCAAACAGUGUCCAGUUUGUCAGUAACCGCGGUCUUGUCGUCCUGCAGCCUAAUGCAGAAUUUCCUGGGUUGUUCGGUUUGCCUUUUUAUCUAAUUAGCAUUUAAAAUGAGUGAAAUAGAAGCUUGAAUACACAUCUGACACAUGACAUCACCCUCAUGUGUUUGAUUCAAUUUUAGCAAAGACGGGUGCUGAUGCAAUGGUAGCCCAAAGUAGACAUGCAUCAUUGUAUUUAUCUACUCCGUUUUCACCUGGUUAGUAUUAAUGUAUGAGGAUAAUUUUCUGGUGAUAUAGAAAACAAAACAUAGACUGGUCACUGUGAUGGGCCAGACCAUGCUGCCAAUGCGGGCAGUAACGAGGUAAAUAAGUCAAGAUCAGAUCAGAUCAGAUCAGAGCUCCUGGCCACAAAUUCUGAUCCAGCUUUAUAUAAGGGAGAGUGGGGUAAGAUGAGCCAUUUUUCAUAUUUCUGAUCACUACAUCAAGGCAAUCAUAGUUUUGUGUCUAACUAGUGUGUCUGCAUAUAUUUCAAGAUGUUGUGCAUCCCUGCAAACUAACAAAAUGAGUGUAAACAUAACUGUCUUGAUAAUAUAGCAUGCCAAAAAAAGUGGUCUCGAAUGGUUCACUUACCCCGUGUAUGGGGCAAGUUGACCAUAGGAGCGGGGUACGUUUAGCUGUAUCCCUUCUUUCAAGAGUGAAAAAUGUUUUUUGUAAAUAAAUGUCUAACCCCUUCACCCAUGUGCUUCUAACCUUCACAGACUACAUGAAUUGAUGCCCAUCUCCUAAAUAUUUGGUCACAUGAUCAAUUUCUUUCACCAUUUCCAAGCGACUGGGGGUGGCUCAACUUACCCUUUGGCUCAACUUACCCUACUCUCCCAUACGUAUUUUUAUAUUCAGUAUCAAGCCUCAGUUUGAGCCUUAUAUCUACACUUUUUUUCCUGUAGAAAUAACAAAAAGAGACAAAAUAACUACAAGAUGGUUGAUUCCAUGUAUCAUAGUCAAGCUAGCACUAUUUCAAAACUCACAUAUACCGUUGGGUGGGACCUACAUAACUGGUAUGCAUGCAUUACUGCACACCAGGCAUGAUGCCAGAGUUGUAAUUUUGGAUGGGCAUGCUAAUAUUAAAGUUAACCUUCAACAUUUACAUCCCUGGACAUGCUGACACUGGGCUAAUAGACAGAAUGAAAUGACAACUGGUUGACAGAAAGAAAAGGUGGACGGUCAAUGGGGAACUUGAACUUGCUGCUGGAAUUUAUGGCUGUGAUUUUACUGUGUGAAGAAGUCUGUUCCUUUAUUUGACACAGAUUAAUACUGUGCCAUAGACUUCACAUUGAGAAAACAUGGACACACAUUAUUGAGAAGUUGGGGGGGGGGGGGGUGUUGAAUCCCUGUCCUUCGCAUGUAGCUCUCACUAAUCCAUAUGCUGCAGCGCAUGGGUAAAUAAGUAACAUGCACGCAAGCAUGGGGCAAGUUCAACAGGCUUAUUUGGAUCAUUAGGACCUCACACCUCAUAAUGACUUCACUUCUUUGAGAGGGAGAAGGGAGAUUUUAGCUGUUUUAUUGUAUCAAAUAUCACAUGUAUAUAAAUUAACCAACAGAAAAAAGUCUUAUUUUAACCCUGUCAUUUAGGGUGGACCUGCUGUACAGUAAGAGUGGGCCCAGGCUCAUGAGACAGUCAGAUUCCUGAUUUAGGAAUUUGUUUGCUAGACCAAGAACAUAAAUACUGGUCUGUAGCUUGGAUUUCAUACAUUAUUUUCCUUUUUUUAUUGCUAUUUGUAUCACAAAGUAGAUUACAUUAUUAUCUGACCUGGAUCACCUUAAAUUGAAAAGUAGAGGAAUCACUCCAGUGUACUUGAGGCUUCACAAAGACAGGGUACAAAUAUUAGAGCUUCAGAGGUCUGUUGUAAAACUAAUAGCAGUCAAAAUAUCUUGUAUGUUGUCACAAAACGAAGACAUCGAGCAAACAUCUGAAAUAAAUAACUUCAAGAAAAUGCAGUCAAUAAAAUGCAUGGAUAAAUGUCUGCUCAGGGCUUCCGUACAAUAGAUAUUUUGGAAGUAUAGCGAUUCAUAAAUUACCAUUGCUGACAGACAGGAUCAGUCUAUUUUUUUUUCUGUCCAAAUCUGCAGGUCAGCAUCUCAUUACUCUGCCAUCAAGAGUUCCCAUACAGAGUUUCCAAUGAAAAUGGAGGAUAUGCCCCUGUCAGGCCCAGACAACACCAAGCUGGAGGUGAGUAAUAAUGAUACAUUUGCAUUCAUCUAGUUUUCCUUUCACCUGUCCCCAAGAUACAGCUGGGAUGUCUUUACUCUAGUUUGAUUUGAUGCAGUCUAUAUACAGUUUUUUAUUGACCUGUUUUCCUGUUUUAAAGGCCUUGGUCCAUGACAUCUACUCUGAACUAGUGGAAGAUGCCUGUUUGGGCCUGUGUUUUGAGGUGCACCGCGCUGUGAAACAGGGCUACUUUUUCUUGGAUGAAACAGACCAAGAGAGCUUGAAAGAGUUCGGUAAGUGCCAAGGCUUCCAGAUAGUCCAUGUCCAUUUGUCCUCUCAGUCUUCUUUGACAUAUUGCUUUUAGCGUGCACCUUUCACUCCUCUUCUAGAAAUCGUGGACCAGCCAGGAGUUGACAUUUUUGGCCAAGUGUACAAUCAGUGGAAGAACAAGGAGUGUGAGUGCCCAAACUGCAAAAGAUUGAUAGCAGCUUCACGUUUCGCUCCCCAUUUGGAGAAAUGUCUCGGCAUGGGACGUAACAGCAGUCGCAUUGCCAACCGUAGGUCAGUCAAGAGUGAUUAUUCAGGAUUUAGCACCGUGUGUGUUCAAACUGAGUAUAAAUAUCUGAUCCGAUUCUUUAACCUGUUUGCGUUCUUUCUUACAGGCUCGCCAGCAAUAAUAACAUGAGCAAGUCAGAGAGUGAUCAGGAAGACAAUGAUGACCUCAAUGAUAAUGACUGGUCAUAUGGGGCAGAGAAAAAAGGUACAAUUUAACUUUUUAAAUGAAAACUAUUACCAGUGAAACUUCAAGUCUCUUCCACAUAACGAACAAACCUUUUUUCCAUGUUACAGCCAAGAAGAGAAAGUCAGAUAAGGUAUUUGAACAUUUGAUUUCCCUUUUACAGACGAUAUAAACUGAUGUCAUAAUUUUUUUUUGUUUAAUCUGAUUUGAAUGUUUGUAUGUUUAUUUAUUUUUUCCUUCAGAAUCAAAAUUCCCCAAGAAGAUCCAGAUCUUUAAAACAUAAAAACGGUAAGUUAGUCUGAGUUCACAAAGUUCUUGGUUGGUAGAACUUUGAUCCAUGCAUAAUGUGGUGCAGACAUUUGCUGCAGCAGCCGUGAGUUUCUUCUCUGGUUCAUACAGCAGUUCUGGAGUCUGAGCCUUGAUUAUAUUAAGAUGUUUUGCACACAGUUCCAUGAAGCAAAACACAGAAAUCUGCUUCACUGUGCAAACCAGAGUGUAGUCUUAAGAUAAGGACCCAAAGUAAGCCGACCUGAAGACUUCAACCUUUGUGCCUUUUUGAUCUCAGCAUGUCAGUCUUCUUUUCUGCGAAUCAGAUAUUUUCCAAAAGUGCAUGUGGUAAACAGGACCCACUUUUGUGUUUUAUUUCCAGGGGAGCUCGGGGGCAGCGUUUCUUCAGAGUCUCACAAGGUAGAGGAAAUUCUUCCUUUGUUCAUUCAUGAUGCGUUCAAAAGCACUAAAGUCUUCCUAUUAUUUUUGUUCAGCUGACUGUAUUGAUGUCUUUCAUUUUUAGUACAACUACAACACCGGCAUCAGUUAUGAAACUUUAGGCCCUGAUGAAGUCCGAUCCUUUCUGACAACAGUAAGCUUCCUCAGUAAAGAAUCCAAGUAUGCAUCAGUUUUUCAAGCCGCCUUUUCACCACCCUCUUUCUUUUAUUCCUCAGCAAUGUGGGGUCAUCUCCGAGCACACCAAGAAAAUGUGUACCAGGUAAUUACUGUAACACCCACCUACUCAUGAACAGCUGAUGAAAACCUAGCACAGAAUAGUUUCAGGUACUUUAACGGUGGUCUUCUGACUGUGUCGCUUAAUUCUGAUCUCUUUCUGUGCUUCAGUUUGGCAUUGAAAUCCUGUCUGAACUGAAAAAGUGUUGAUGCAUGUGAAAUCUGGACACAUGAUCAGUUUCAUUUAUGCCUUUUUGAAAAUGAUCAUGUAUCAUAUGUUGGGACUAACUCAGGGGUACACAAGUGGCAACUCAAUGCAUUUCAUUGGUCACAAAAGUUUCUGGACCAGUGAUUGGCUUGUUUUUAUCCCCCAAAUGAAACACCAAAUUUAGCAAAACCGUUCUGAGGACUCUCUCAGUGACCAACCUAUAAGUUAAUACAACUAUUAACCCCUCCUGAUCCCUGUGCUGAUCCUUCUCAUUGGUCACUGACUGUCUGUCCACCACACUUCCCCUCCUGGCUGUGUCAGGGUGAUGUUUAAAGCUGUGUGACGUUCGGGGGAGCGUCAGUCUAGGAUGUAAAAUGCCACCUUGUGUCCCACCAGGUCUCAGCGAUGUCCCCAGCACACGGACGAACAGAGGAGGGCCGUCAGGGUGUUCCUCUUGGGGCCGUCCGCGUGAGUGUGCCCCAUCCCCUUUUCUUACCAUCCCUCCUUUCCUCCCUCCCUCCCUCACCUGCAAGUGUGCUUCACUGUAUGUCAUGUUUGAAUGAGUGUGCGGGUGUGUGCUGAUACAGUCCUUCAGGUAGGGAGUACCACAAGUAGAACAGACGAUGCCACUGAUCGGUGUUGUGAAGACUUCCCAGUAUUUUCCCUUUUCUUCUGUCUUUUCUCUUGAGUGCACAACUUUUUAUGAUUGUAUGGACAUUAGAUUUCAAUUUCAUGACAUCAACAGAUGUGCUUUUAUUUCCAAUUACACUCAGCAUCCUGACUAGGGCUGGGUGAUCAAACGAUAAUGAUAUAUGGAAAAUUAAUUUCCCUCAAUAUCAAUAUGGAACAUGGUCAGUAUCCUUUUCAAAAGCUGACAUUCUAGCAUAUUUUGGUAGACUAUAUGAAUAGCCAUAAAAAAAGGGGAGUUGCUCCAGGUCCGCCAAUCAUGUGCUGAAAUAGAACCAAGUAGCAAACAACUGCGUAGUAGCAGACUGCAGCUACACGCAACCAUAGCACUUAAACAUGAGAAGCAGACAGCACUGUUGGUGGGAAAAAAAGAAAAUGAGUGGUACCCAUGGCAGAAAUGCACAUGAAGGCUCAACGGAUGAUGACAUCGUUGACAACACUGGCACGAAAACAUGUGGAGGUAUUUUUUUUAGGUCGGACAUGAAGCAGAGUAAUGUGCAAAUUAUGUCGAGAACAUGUUCUUACAAAGUCGGGGAAUACCUCAAAUCUUUUUCACCACCUGGAGCAGUGCCACGCAGCAGAGCACAUGCAAUGCAAAAGGUUACAAUCCCUGAGUGGAGCAAGGAGCCUAUGGCGCCUGUGCAACCGAAACAGCCGACCAUUCAGUCCGCUUUCUCUAACGCAACGCCUUACGACAAAACGUCAAAGAGACACAAAGACCUCACAGAUGCAGUAACUUAUUGUAUCGCAAAAGACAUGCUACCAAUAAGCUCUGUUAAAUUUUAUUUUUUAUUUGUGAUAUAUAUCGACAUCAACUUGUAUGAAAAAAAAAAAUGUGAUAAACUUUUUCUCAUAUCGCUCAGUCCUGUCCUAACCCUGACAUUUAAGUAUGCAGCCACAUUUCCCUCUCAGUUAUUGUGUUUUUCUUUCCCAUUUAUCUCAUCUUUAUCUGUUUGUUUGAUAUUAGGUUUCAGGUUUGGACAGUACUCCGGUCUACUCCGGUUGUUGUAGAUGUGCUUUUAAAAUAAACUUGACUGGAAUAGUGUCAUAAAUGUUCUAUCAAAAGGUACUUCAGCUCUGUUGCUGUUCACAAUAGCGAGUGGUUGAAUUAGGUUUUUAAGUUCAGGAGCUUUAGCUGAAAACUGGCAGGUUUUGUCUGAUUGUUUGUUUCAUUCCUACCAGUGUGACAGAAUGCACUUUGUGUCUGCACUUAUGUUCCAGGCCACCGCUGCCUGACGCAGACGCUGUGGCGGAGAGCGACAGCUUCGACAUUCCAGACGGACAGACCGUGAUGAGCCGCCUGCAGUGGGAAGACUCCCCAGAUAUUUCACCGGCUGACUCUGCCUCGUCCAAAGCCAGUAAGAGAGAAACUCGGCGACACUCAUAACUUCCUUUUUUUAUGAAGAACUUAAGAGGAACAGACCGAUCACUUUCUUUCCCUCUCACAGGCAUCAACCAUUCAGAUCCUAGGAGGCCCAAGAAAAAGAAGAAGACGCCUCUUAGUUUGAACUCUGUCGGAGGCAGUGGAGGAGGAGGAGGAGGAGGAGGAAGUCUAACAGGAGGUAUCAUCAGCAGCAGCAGCAGCAGCUCCCAGAAUAAUAUCAGUUUGUCGACCAAGAAGAAGAGGCCCAAACUCCCAGCACCUUCUAUUUCCAGUAUCUAUGAUGAUUUAAACUAGUGUGAGCCCUGACUGUCAGGGAGGCUUUUAUUCCAGGUGACUUCCUCCUUUCAUGACCAAAACAACAGUCCUGAAGUGGAUGGAGUGACACAAAGCUGGUCUUAUUUAUUACAUUUUAAUGAGGUAAGCAGGUUAAAGAACAGUCCUCUUCUGCUAUUAAAGCUUUCUUCAGGAGUCUGUAAGAACUUAUGGGAAUCACAUCCUGAAGCAGACUUCCCCCACUACUAACUCAGAUACUUUGGACAUUGUGUGAUACUGCUGAGCUGCUGAGGUUGGGCAGUGAAGGCUGGCACACAAGUUUCUCAUUCAAGGUGUUGUUGUUGGAUGGGGUUGAUAGGACUCUCCUGACCAAUUUUCAAACACACACUUGGCACAACAGUCGGGGGGGAAUGGGAUUUUGAUUCAAUUAAAAAAAAAAAAGUCACCAAAUGGGAUUUGAAGAGAAGGAAACAUAUGCAGAUGUUGGAGAUAGUUUUAAAUACAUAAACUUGAGUUGGCCUUGAAUUUGGGUUGAAUUUGUUCCUGCCAAAUCAAAGUUGUUUUGUCCCUGUGACGGUCAGUUUAACGUUGCACAUGUGAUCUUAAACUGCUCUCCAAUGAAAAUUCAACACACACACACACACACACACACACACACACACACACACACACACACACACACACACACACACACACACACACACACACACACACACAGUAAGUAUACUCAAGUACUCGUGAUUUGAGUGUUUUAGUUAUUCUAGCAUUGUAUUGCACAUUCGUGUUUGAGUGCCUCUUUAUGCUGACUUAAAUUUAGUGAGAACGUCACUUUUUUUGUUCUAAUGUGUGUGUUUGUGUACAUGUAUGGAUAGUGUAGGUAUAAAUUAUUCAUAUAUAUAUUUUCAUAAAACUAUGCAUCCAAGAAUGUGACUUUUUUUUGUAAAAGUAGGAGUGCCAUUUUAUAUUUGAAUACUUUUUGUUUACAUCAGAAAAAAAUGAUAUGUAUAUGAUAUGAUUUCUUUGUAAAGGCAGAUUUUGAUAUUUGAUCGACCAGCAGGCUUUGGGGCACAUGUACACUUCUUGUAUAUAUGAUGACUGAGGUGAAAAACUGGUCGUAUAUUCUGUGUAAGUUCUUUUCUUCCUCAGAACAAGCCUUGUCUUAGGUGGUGUCAUGCAGUUCUGGCUGAUAGAUCACACUGUACAUGUGAUCAGCGCUGCACUUCUGUUUGUCAUUUAUAGUGUUGAGUGUGAAUCUUUAUUAUGCUUUAGAUGCAGUUCCACUUGUACAUAUGACUUCUUUGAGCAUAGGCCUAAAGGAACCAUUUUUAUUUGUCCAAGAAAAUCUACUUCAGUUUUUUUUAAGUGAGGUUGUAUAAAGUUCACGUCAAUACUAAGUGUUUUAAGCCAAGGGGAUCCAGAUCAGCUUGGCCACUUUGGUAAAAGCUGGACUGGCAACCACUGUAGACAGGGCCAGUGCUCCCAUAUAUUUUGCUCCUCAUGUUUUUCAUUUGCUGCUUAAAAUUGUAACAAAAUUCACAAAAUUUUAGUGUAGUGAACAAAGGAAAAGCUGACUCAAAUCAUAGACCCAACCAGCUAAACAAUACGCUGGAGGACUCUGGUGUGUAACGCCCAGAAAUAGUGCUGUGAAGAACCGACCUUCCAUUGGUUCUCCUACUGGUUCCUCAAUAAACAGGCUUGGAUCAGUGAGUGAUAAUUACACUAUUGACAAGUACUUCAGACAACCCACUUUGUUACGAUAUGAGCCACAACUCUAGAAGAGGAAGGAAGGCUAUAUUUUCAGUUCAUCUGAAAGUUUGAGGGUCAGCCUCGAAUCAAAUAUUUUUUCAUUUCUUUGAAGAUUUAUUAUUUAAAUAAGAACAGGAACUCUGGGUUAUUAUGUUUAGUUUGCAGUUUGUCUUGCUUUGUUCCCUCCUGAAUGGACAAAAGUGUGUUGCCCUCUUUUGGUUUUCCAUUUUCAUGUUGUUGUGCAUUUUAAGAGUCGGUAAAGUCUGUUGUAUUAAGUUGUAUCUGUCAAAUAGAUGAUUGAGAAUGCCUAACUGAAGUUCCAGUGUGGUUCUAACAAUCACACAUACUAGUACCUGUGUGGAGGUCUGUUCUCUUUGUCCUUUCAGCCCUUUCCUGUGGGGUCUUGUGAUGAACUGUUCCUGAAAUGACACUUUGUCUUCUCUGAUGAAGUAAAACAGCUGACGUUUGCUCAUGGUUCCUUGUGUUAUCUGUAUAAAUGCAGUAACACAAACUGUAGUUUUCAAUCUUUUUCAUGCAUUUCUGUGCAUGUGGGGACAACUGUUUUCUAUGAUCAUUGUUUUCUUUUCUCUUAGCUGACUUGUACAACAUUGUUUGUAUACGAGUAAAUAAAGUCUCCAGACUUUAAACAGACA